AUGAAGUUCUCCAUGCUUGCGGUUUUAGCCGCCUCCUUCAUGGCUUCAAACACCAUGGCCCAGACAGAUGCAGAAGCCGCAGCUGCAGCACUGGCCAUGGCAAAGAAGUUAUACCCGGCAUGUGCAAAUGGCUCCGCUACCAUGUGCGGUCUUCCCGUGCGAGACGAGAGCUUGAAGCCGCCCCUUGUUGCAGGAGUUGGGUUUGCACUUGCGCUGGUUUUCUUCAUUCUGCGUCUUUGCUCUGCCCUUCCUGGUUUUGGUCGAGAGCUUGGCUGGGAUGACUGGACGAUCAUUGCAUGUGUUAUUCUCACCGUCCCGCCGACUGUUUUCGCUUUCACUUUGGUCGACAAUGGCUUGGGCAAGGAUAUGUGGACUCUUCCGCUGAAGAACAUUGAGAAUGUUCUUGAGUACUACUUCCUCGGCGAGUUGUUCUACUUCCUGGCCCAGGCUAUGAACAAACUUUCCAUUCUCUUCUUCUUGAAUCGCAUCUUCCAGCAUAACAACCUUAGGAAGGCCAUUUGGGUCACCAUGGGUCUUGUUCUGGCUUAUGCGGCGGCUUUCUUCUUCGCGACACUGUUCCAGUGCUGGCCUAUCAACCAUGCUUGGCUACAGUUGGAAGAGAAGCAUCUGGGCCGGUGCAACAACAUCCAUCUUCAGGGUUGGUUAAGUGCUGCGUUCAACAUCGUAUUGGACGUCAUCAUCCUGGUGCUUCCUCUACAUCAACUGUAUCUUCUGCAGAUGCCUCUGAAGAAGAAGUUGAUGGUCAUGGUAGUGUUCUCCUUGGGAAUCUUUGUCACGAUUGCCAGUGUCAUCCGUCUUCGCACGUUGGUAGUUUUCGCCAACAGCACCAACAUCACCUACGAUUAUGUUGAUGCCGCUUACUGGAGUACCAUUGAGCUCUACGCCGGAAUUAUCACAGCAUCCCUCCCUGCCGUCUACAAGUUCCUCUCCGGACUCACAGCUAAGAGCGCCACAUUUACGACCAUCAAGUCAAAGCUUUCUGGCGCAUCAUCAGGAUCAGGGGCUACAGAUUCGACGGGCAAUACCCUGGGUUCAAAUGCUAUUGCUCGCCGACUGACGCCGAAGCGUUCCGAAGCGGAGUUUGUACUACUAACAGAUGUGGAAAGCGGCAAGAGCCAGAGAUGGAACUAG